AUGCCGGGCGGAAAAGGAAAGUCUGUUGGUGGAAAGGGCGGUUCCAAGGACUCUGCGGGGAAGUCCCAGAAGUCCCACAGCGCAAAGGCCGGCUUGCAGUUCCCCUGCGGUCGUGUCAAGCGUUUCUUGAAGAACAACACCCAGAAUAAGAUGCGCGUUGGUGCUAAAGCCGCUGUCUAUGUCACUGCCGUCCUCGAAUAUCUGACUGCGGAAGUGCUCGAGCUUGCCGGAAACGCCGCGAAGGAUCUCAAAGUCAAGCGUAUCACCCCGCGCCAUCUGCAACUCGCCAUCCGUGGAGACGAAGAGCUGGACACGCUGAUUCGCGCGACCAUCGCCUUUGGCGGUGUGCUACCGCGCAUCAACCGCGCGCUCCUGCUCAAGGUGGAGCAGAAGAAGAAAACCAAGUCCGAUGCUUAA